AUGGAUAUGGCCACUUCAAAGCUGUCCGUGUGGCGAUGCUGCCGCAGCCCAGCCCAGCCCCUGGGGCCGCUGUCCGGGUGCAUUUGGCAGGGCACGGACACAAUUUCAGCGCCGUGUCUUUAUGCUCCGUGUUUGUGUGGCCCAUGCGGGCGGAGCGGGGCUGGCGAGAGCCGCGCUCCCCUCAGAGCCCCUGAGGGCGGCGGCAAUGGCGGCGCCGCUCCCUCAGCACCGCCCCGGGGCGGAGCGGGCGCUCUUUGGCGCCAAGACCGGAGCGCGCUCCUCGGGUCCCGCUCGGCCAUGGCCGCCCCUGCCGAGCCCGGGCACUCGCCUGGCUUCAAGAAGCCGCCGGCGCUGCUGCGGCUGAAGCGCAAACGUCCUGUGCGGAGGAGCGACUCCGACGGAGCCGCGGAAGCCGCCGCCGCCCCGGCCCCGCGGGGCUCUGGGGCCGCCCGCCGCCGCAACCCCUUCUCCAGCCUGGACAACGCUCCGCGGCGGGCGGCGGCCGCCCCUCAGCCUCCGGCAGCGACCCCCGCGGGCGGGGAUCCAUCGGCAGUGCCCUUCUGGCAGUUUUUAGAGCCGGCCUGUGAGGAGAAGCCCCCCGGGAGAGCGGAGCCUGCUGAAAGUUCCGACAUCCUCGCCCUAAGCCAGGACCUUCAUUCCCCUCUCGCCGUACCCAAAGCUCCCUCCUCGCCCCGCCAGGAGUUCCCCGCAGACUGGAGCAUUAAAACCCGGGUUCUCUUCAUGUCCUCGCAGCCCUUCACGUGGGCAGAACACCUGAAAGGCCAGGAGGAGGCGCAGGGGGUGGCUCAGCACUGCCGGGCCGCGGAAACCUCGCUGCCCCGGAGCGUGCAGGAGCCGCGGCUGUGCUCGGAGCUGCGCUGUGCCUUCCAGCAGAGCCUGCUCUACUGGCUGCACCCCUCGCUGCCCUGGCUGCCGCUCUUCCCCCGCCUCGGGGCGGACAGGAGCAUGGCCGGGAAGGCCUGUCCCUGGGCACAGGACGAGGCCCUGCAGCAGGUGCUCAUGAGUGACUGGUCGGUGAGCUUCACCUCUCUGUACCAGCUGCUGCGGGCACGCCUCUGCCCCUAUUUCUACGUGUGCUCGGCGCAGUUCUCGGUGCUGUUCCGUGCCGCGGGGCUGGCGGGCAGCGCCGAGCCCACGGCCGCCAUCGCGCCCACCACGCGCGGCCUGCGCCACGCCAUGCGUGCCGAGGGCAUAGAGUUCUCCUUGCCUCUGCUGGAGGAAGGUGGAGCCAGGAAACAGGAAAACUCCGAGGAGAGUUUGGAGACAGAGACAGCUGAGGGCAUCAGAGCGGGCAGCAGUGUGGAGGAUGUGGGGGAACCAGCUCCCAGCGAUGACGAUGAUGAUGGAAGCUUCUCUUGGCUUGAGGAGAUGGGAGUCCAAGACAAGGUGAAGAAACCAGACACUAUUUCUAUCCAACUGCGCAGGGAGAAGCACGAGGUGCAGGUGGAUCACAGGCCCGAGUCGCUGGUGCUGGUGAGGGGCAGCAACACCUUCAGGCUGCUCAAUUUCCUCAUCAGCUGCCGCAGCCUGGUGGCCGUGGCGGGGCCGCAGGCGGGGCUGCCCCCGACGCUGCUGUCCCCGGUGGCCUUCCGGGGCGGGACCCUGCACACGCUCAAGGCCCGCACUGUCAGCGGCCGUGCCCGGGUGCCCGGGGGCUUUGAGGACGUGUUCAGCCUGGAGGUGCUGGGGCCCGUCCUGCCGCACGCCCUGCACGCCCUGACGCUGGUGCUGGGCCCGGCUCAGCGCGGCUCCUUCCGCGCCCUGCUCAGCCCCCACGAGCCCAGCGCCGCCUUCAACGCCCGCCCGGGCCCGCCCCAGGAGGACGAGCAGAGGGAGCUGCCGGCCUGCGGGCUGCACCCCAGCACUCUGGCUCAGCUGAGGCAGUGUCCCACGCUGGGGAAAUCCUCCCUCCGCCUGCUGGAGAUGAAGGAUUACAGCUACACCUGGAAGGCCUAG